CGGCGGGCGCAUUUCGGCGCCGGUGCCCUUCGCCUUCUCAAAAUCUGAUGGAAAUCCGCGCGCGAAUCUUGAAGCAAAUCUGACGGUUCGUGCCUCCUGAGUCUAUUGCCACCAACGAACCGAACCCGGUUAAGCUCAAAGCCGACGCCCGCCGGGCAGAGGCAAAGGGGAGAACGAGCAGGCGACGACGGCGCCCAGCCCCAUCGGUUCCUGGUAAGGAUGGCCGCCGCCGUCUCGUUGGCGAGCCCUUUCCGGCGAGUCCUUCACGUCCCUUUCGCACGCCGCGCUAUCCCCACAUCGUACCACUUCUUCCCUAGCGGACGGUGUCACGCGGCUCUCUCCUUCGCCGCGGCAGCAGCAGGAGAUUCGGCGGUUAAGGCGAGCUUGGAUAGGAAUGCAGCCGAGGAACUCAGGAGCAUCCUGGAUAUGGCACAAAGGGCUUCCCAACGGAGAGAUGUUUUCCACACCAAUUUUCUUACUCCACCUAUAGUGAAGGAGUGCAUGCUGGCAAUUGAGAAGUUAGCAGACAUCAAAGCGGUAGCACAGGGGGGCUACCCACAGGCUGAGCGAUGCCGAGUUUCAGUUGGACAUCCGGACUGUAUGACAAGCAACCCAGAUGUAGUUGCUGCUUUGAGCAUCUCAGGGAAUUUCAGAUUGGAACCCUGUUCUCAUGGUGACUUUCUUGGUGCUAUUCUUGGGACAGGAAUAACAAGGGAUAAAGUUGGAGAUAUACUUUUGCAGGGAGAGAGAGGUGCUCAGGUCCUUGUUGAUCCUGAACUUGUUGACUAUCUGACUUCCACACUUGAAAAGGUGGGGAAAGUUGGAGUUUCAUGCACACAGAUUCCUUUGCUUGCUCUAGAAUAUGAACCACCAAGGACCAAGUCAUUUAAAACUGUAGAAUCAUCACUCAGGGUUGAUGCCCUGGGUAGUGCAGGAUUUAAAAUCUCACGUACAAAGCUUGCUAGCUUGAUCAGUGCUGGGGAUGUCCGUGUGAAUUGGUCACCAGUUUCGAAAAAUGGAGUGACUCUCAAGGCUGGGGAUGUUGUUUCUGUCAGUGGGAUGGGGAGAUUAAAGAUUGGGGAAAUUGUGACUACGAGGAAAGGAAAGUACGCAGUUGAGCUGAUUCGAUAUUUGUAGGUUUGCAAGGGAUAAAUGGAUCUCUCAAGAUUACUGACUCAAAUGAACGGACUCAAAUCCUUUUUUAACUGCAACUUCCGUGAGGGCUUGUUCUGCUCUGAGACCAAAAAACAAGGUUUGUGUUUUAAAACCAAAAGGAGUUUCGCAAAUUCAUUACCUAACUUUGCCUACUGCAUAACGUAGCCUAUUCUAUAUUCAUAUGAUCAAGUGCUACCAUGGCCAACCAUGAAACAUGUGACUUCGAUUAUGACAAGAUGGAGGCAAGCUGUUUAUUGGGAAAACUGAUGACGACUAGUCAUAUAUUCAGCGCCCUUUUAAUGCUAAAAAGCUUGACAAAUGACAACGGCUAUUCUUUGUAUCACAAAACUAUCACAAUUCACAAGAUUCAGUUUUUCAAGUUGCAAAUUGGUGCAGGAGUCUUGUUCUCUUAUAGAUUGUAGUUGCAUAUGAUUUGGACAUCACUGGACUUUUGGAAUAGGAGUAAGAAAAAGAUCGAUGGUGACAAUGGUCAUGAAGGCUUAACUGCCAAAAAGUUAUAACAAUAGCAUCUUACAGAAUACUUAUACAAUUGAAAUGGUAUCACACCAAAAUCCAAGGGCUAUAGUUUCAUUUUAUUACGAUCCGAAUUAUUACAUCUGAUGCAAUCAUGCUGGAUAUGGGGGCUAAGGAUGCCAUUUGAGUCUUUGAA